CACGCACCUUGUUCAUAACCCUCACGGCUUGAGCACCUCUGCACCGAGGCAAAGGCGAUGAGAGCAUGUCCUUAGCGCGCGCAAUCCGAUUCACGCAGCGCCGCAGCUUCAUAUCCUCCCUCUUCGGGGCCACAUUCUUUGGGACGAUCGUCACCGUCGCCGCGAGCAGCAUCCUCCCAUGCCCCGUCGGCGCUGACGGCCAGAGGCGCUACGCGGACGCGGACACCUUCCCCUCAGGCCGCGCCGUCAUCCACAAGCGGCCCACGCGGAAAUGGAUCGAGGAGAAGAUCCCCGGGCAGAAUGUCUAGCACCAUACUUCUAUCUCACCGGACAUAGCUCUGGAGAAUAAUAUAACAUACUGCGCGAUGCAUGCGUGUAUGUAACGCUACACUGCGAACGACGGAAUCCCCACUCCCACCG